AUCACUUCGCCGUUCGUGCUCCCCACAAUUUAACUUUGCUAGCUCAGCUCACAGUAACCCACACAGCCGCAUGCGAAUACGACGCACAACCACCACGAGCGAGCACAAUGGAGCAAGCGAGCAACGCGCAUGCCGAGCUCAGCCUCGAGCUCACCCUGGCCGCCGCCGUGAGCGUGGCGCCAGCAGCGCCUCGCUUCUUCCUCUGCGCCUACUGCGACCGCCGGUUCCUCACCGCGCAGAGGCUCGGGGGCCACCAGAACGCGCACAAGCAAGAGCGCGCCCUUGCCAGGCUCCACCGCGAUGCCGCUGCUGACAUGCACGCCUCCCGGGCAUGGAAGGCUGCUGCUCGGAUGCCCGAGGGGCCCGAGGACGAGGUGCCGGCUGCGGGUGGCAUGGCGCACAAGCGCGGCAGCAGCUGGCCGGAGCGUGACCAGGAGCUGGACUUGUCCCUCCGGCUGUAACCGGUCGGCCGAUCGAUCUCUGCUAAAAUGGUUGAUCCGCAACCCCUUAUUUCGGUUGUAGGUACGUCACGGUCUAGCUACUUUGCGUGGAACCUUUGUUUCAAGCUCGUGUUGGGCAUACUGUCAAAAAGAAACUCAUGUGGGCAGGCAUGGGUUUCAUCGGCUCUUCUAAAUUUAUUUUUUUGAAGUCUUGAACUGAAUCUCUAGACCUUGCCGCUCCUUGGGAUGAAACAAAAUUC